AUGCUUUCCGAGAAAUAUGGUUGCAUGUCUUGCCAAAUACUCCACAGGAAAAAAGCGCACUUAUGGCUUGCUUUAAUAUUUAACACUUUUUUGUCUUUAUCUAUCUAUCUAUCUAUCUAUCUAUCUAUCUAUCUAUCUAUCUAUCUAUCUCUGUUCAUUAUCUACCUAUCUAUCUCUGUCCAUUAUCUAUCUACCUGUAUUCACUAUCUAUCUAUCUAUCUAUCUAUCUAUCUAUCUAUCUAUCUAUCUCUGUUCAUUAUCUAUCUAUCUAUCUCUGUUCAUUAUCUAUCUAUCUAUCUCUGUCCAUUAUCUAUCUACCUGUAUUCACUAUCUAUCUAUCUAUCUAUCUAUCUAUCUAUCUAUCUAUCUAUCUAUCUAUCUAUCUAUCUAUCCAUCUAUAUACACACACACGCAUAUAUAUAUAUAUAUAUAUAUAUAUAUAUAUAUAUAUAUGUUUUCCUCGACUUUUUCUCCUUUCUGUUUUGUUUUCUUUUUAUUAUUUCUCGUGCUUGCUUUUUUCCUUCAUUCUUUGUUAUUAUUAAUUAUUUCUCUUGUUUGCAAAUUUUGUCUCUAUUUAAUUUGUUGCAUCUUUUUUCUUUCUGUUUGACCAUUUCUUUCUUUGUUUUCUUCAUUUCAUUCAUUGAUUUUCUUCAUUCAUAUUUUUCUUCAGUGUUUUUUUUGGUUUUCUUAAUUCAUAACAAUUUUCUUUAUUCGGUCCUUAUAUCUGUCUUUCUAUCGUUUCUUUCUACACGCUUUUUUGCUGAUUUUUUCCUUAUGUGUUUUUGUCCUCCUUUCUUCCCGGAUCUUCAAUAUUUCGUUCUUCUUCCUUUUUUUAUGUUGUCGCCUUUACUCUUUCUUUCUUUCUUUCUUUCUUUCUUUCUUUCUGAAAGCGAUCACUUUCAUUUUUAUUCUCUUUAUUUUAGUGCAUUCUCAUUUUGCUUCCACUCUCCUUUUUUUAGUAUUUUCUUCAUUUUACUUUCUUUCUUUCUUUUCUUCUUCCUUUCUUUCUUUCUUAAAGCUUCCACUCUCCUUUUUUUAGUAUUCUCUUCAUUUUACUUUCUUUCUUUCUUUCUUUUCUUCUUCCUUUCUUUCUUUCUUAAAGCUUCCACUCUCCUUUUUUUAGUAUUCUCUUCAUUUUACUUUCUUUCUUUCUUUCUUUUCUUCUUCCUUUCUUUCUUUCUUAAAGCUUCCACUCUCCUUUUUUUAGUAUUCUCCUCAUUUUACUUUCUUUCUUUCUUUCUUUUCUUCUUCCUUUCUUUCUUUCUUAAAGCUUCCACUCUCCUUUUUUUAGUAUUCUCUUCAUUUUACUUUCUUUUUCUUUCUUUCUUUUCUUCUUCCUUUCUUUUCUUUCUUAAAGCUUCCACUCUCCUUUUUUUUAGUAUUCUCUUCAUUUUACUUUCUUUCUUUCUUUCUUUUCUUCUUCCUUUCUUUCUUUCUUAA